AUGAUUGGUGGUGGUAAUAGCAGAUAUUCACCUUCAACGUCUAAUUCAGGUGCAUUGUAUAACAACAAUAACAAUAAUAACAAUAACAAUGGGAACAAUAGUAGUAAUAAUACCAACAACAAUAAUGGAGGAAUAAAUUAUAACUACUAUAUAAUGUUAUCAUUAAACUUUGAUUUGGAUGAUCAAGUGAGCGAGCUUGAAUGGAUUGUUAUAGAUGUAGAUAAACAAUUUGCAAUUGAAAAGAGAAAUCUAUUUGUCUAUGAUGAUAAUUCAAAUAGUUCACAUCAUGGUAUUCAUGAUAGAAACUCAUUAUCAAAUACUUUAAAUGUUUUUAACAACUAUGUGUUUUCUACAUUUAUUAUGAAUCAAAAAUCAUUUUGUAUUGUAUCUGUUAGACCUAAUUAUAUGGUUACUUUGAUAAAUGAAGCAUUAAUGAAAGGGAUUAAACCAUUAAGAUACUUUUAUAAUUAUAUCAAUUUAUGUGAGGAUCUCGGUCUUUACUAUGGUAUCAAUGGAUCACUUGAAAGUUUUGGUAAAUCAUUGGAUAUUAAUACAACAAUGGAACAAGAAUUACCAUUGGCAUCACAGAUUGUGUUGAGACUAUUAAAACAAGGACAUUAUUUUACACCGGUCGAUAGUUUUUCGACGAGUAAUAAUGGUGUACCAGUAGCAUCAGCAACCGCAGCAGGGAUGCAAGGCCAGUAUCAUAUUCCUCCUAAUACCUUUUCCAUGGGCGAUUACUCUCAGAUGUUUGGGUCUUCGGCAUCGGCCACUACAGCCGCGGCUGGAGGCAAUAUGAUGGGGGGUAUGGGAAUGGGGGCAAUGUUUGGUCCUACCUCUAGCAACGGCAGCAGUGGUAGUAGCGGUACUAUGGGCUCGAUUCGUUCAUUUGGGUUGGGGAAUGAUUUUGGAGGUGGUUCCACCUCUGGGUUAUCAGCAGCCGGGAACAACAACAACUUGGGAAUGAGCGGUGGUGUCAACAACAACAACAACAUGGGUGUUAUGGGUCAUAUGACCAUGGGUGGUAUGGGUGGACACAAUUUCAACACUUAUCAACAACAACAACAACAACAUCAACAACAUCAACAACAAGUACCAACCUAUGGUUAUGGAAAUAUUGGGGUUUACAAUAAUGGUGGAAAUAAUAAUUAUCAAUUAGGAGGAGGAAACAAUAAUAAUAAUAACAAUAACAAUCAUCUUCAUAAUAAUCAAUACAAUAAUAACAAUAAUAAUAAUAAUAAUAAUAAUAAUCAAAUGUCAUCACCAACACAUCAUCCAAAUAAUAUUAAUGCAUCGGUAUUGUUAAGAGGGUUGCCAUGGGGAGUUAGCGAAGAUGCAGUGCGUGAAUUCUUCCAGCCGCUAGACGUUUCUUUCAUUGACAUCUUUUACAAUUCCAAUGGCAAGCAAACCGGAGAUGCUAGUGUUGAGUUUGCCACCGAGGAGGAUGCAAACCUGUCGCUUGAUCGUCACAAGCAAAUGAUGGGAACCAGAUACAUUGAGGUUAUUUCUCGACGCAAGCACCCACCUCCACCACCUCCACCAUCCCCUUCACAGUUGCAACUGCAAUCAUCGUCGGGUCAAAACUCUGGCUCUGCCUCUGGUGGCUCUUCAAAUACUACCACUUCUAAUGGAAAGGUAUUAAAGUUGAGAGGACUACCAUUCUCCAUCUCUACCAUGGACAUUAGAAAGUUUUUGAAUGGCUAUCCCAUCAAAAGCAACAACAUUCUCAUGACGAUGAAUGAUGAAGGUAGAUUCAGUGGAGAGGCAUAUGUAGAGUUCCAAACCUCUGAUAUUGCUCAAGCUGCCCUUUCAAACCUCCAAAACAAAACAAUGAUGUCUCGUUACAUUGAAUUCUUUACUUGUGAUAGAUUCAUUCAUUUCCAUUCUGAUCAUCAAAAUAUAAAUAAUAAUAAUCAUCAAAAUAAUAAUAAUCAUCAUCACAAUUCAAGUUAUCAUGGUCAACAACAACAACAACAUCAUCAACAACAAUAUAAUAAUCAUUCUCAACGUGAUAACCAUUAUAAUAAUAAUAAUAAUCAAAUGAGUCAUCAUAAUAACAAUAACAAUAAUAAUAAUAAUAUGAUGGGAGGAGGGGAUUAUUUUAAUCAAAACAAUAGUAAUAAUAAUAAUUACCAUCCAUAUAUGGAUAAUAAUAAUCACGGAGGUGGAGGAUAUCACCAAAACAAUAACAUGGGAGGAAAUAAUCACAAUAGUCACAAUAGUCAUCAUCACGGAGGUCACCAUCACAGUGGAGGUAGUAGUAGUGGAUCAACCAUCAAAAAAACAAAGCCAUAUGGAAGUAAACCUUAUCAAAACAGCAAACAACAACAACCAUCAAAUGGUGGUGGUGGGGGUGUCGUUGCCAACAUUGGAGGAGGUCCACAACACAAGGCCGAUACAGUUAAAUUGAGAGGUUUGCCAUUCACAACCACCGAGAGUGAUAUAUCUACAUUCUUUAAUGGGUUGGACAUUGUGCAGGGAGGAAUCAAAAUUGUAUAUCAAAGGGAUAGACCAAUGGGAAUAGCAUAUGUAACGUUUACAAACUCUGAUGACUAUCAUCAAGCACUCUCUAGAAACAAUCAACACUUGGGUCCAAGAUACAUUGAGGUAUUCCCAAGCACCUCUAAAAGUGGUGAAAAAAAGAGAGGAGGUGCAGGAGCAGGAGGAGGUGAACAAACCAGCAGCAGAGACAACCAAUCAUCAAAUGAUUCAAACGAAGCAAAUGCAAUUGCACUUGUCAAAUCAAUAGGUAACAACACAACAUCACCAACAACUACAACAAAAAAAGAUGAUGAAUCAAAUGAAUCCAACCAACAAUAA